GAUGGAGAUGGAUGGAGAUGGAUGAUGAUGACAAUGAUGAUGAUGAUGAUGAUGGAUCAAUGAUGGAUCAAUGAUGGAUCAAUGGUAGAACUUGAUGGAUGGAUGGAUGGAUGGAGAUGGAGGAUGAUGAUGAUGAUGAUGAUGAUGAUGGUGAUGAUGGAUCAAUGAUGGAUGGAUGGAAAUGAACACCGAUCGAUGACGGACAGACAGACGGACAGAGGGACCUCCCCACCCUUCCAGGUCUACAAGGAGAAGCUCUACGGCAAGAAGUACGUCUGGUUCCUGAUUGGCUGGUACGCCAACAAAUGGUUCCGCACCGAGGACCCUUCCAUCAACUGCACGGCCGACCAGAUGGCCGAGGCGGUGGAAGGUCACAUCACCACCGAGAUCGUCAUGCUCAACCCCGAGAACACGCGCAGCAUCUCCAACAUGACGUCCCAAGAGUUCAUCGCCAAGCUGGAGAAGAGGUUGGGCAGCAACUCCACCGAGGCCGGCGGUUACCAGGAGGCGCCGCUGGCCUACGACGCCAUCUGGGCCUUGGCCUUGGCGCUCAACAAGACGGCCCAAGAGUUGGCCAAGCAAGGGGUGGGCUUGGACGAGUUCAACUACAACAACAAGACCAUCACCGACGAGAUCUACCGCGCCCUCAACUCCUCGGCCUUCGAGGGCGUCUCGGGCCACGUGGUGUUCGACGCCAGCGGCUCCCGCAUGGCCUGGACCCUGAUCGAGCAGCUCCAAGACGGGGAGUACCAGAAGAUCGGGUACUACGACAGCACCAAGGACAACCUGAGCUGGUACAACAACGACAAAUGGAUCGGUGAGAAACGGGCUGAAAACGGCCAAAUUUGGGCAAAACGGGGAGGGGGAAAUUGGGGGAAAUUGGGGGAAAUCGG